GAGAGACCAGUCAGAAACCCGCCAGCACUCGCAGCGUUCGUAUCGUUUCAUCCAGCCACAUAGCACCACCAUACAGCAGCAACAUGUCGUCCAGUGAGAUCUAUCGCUACUACUACAAGACAUCCGAGGACUUGCAGGGCUUCAAGACAGCCGCCACCGAGCCGUACUUCAAUCCCAUGGCCGCCUACAAUCCCGGCGUGACCCACUACCAGUUCAAUGGCAACACCCUGGCCAGCAGCAGCAACUACUUGUCUGCCAAUGGCUUCAUCAGCUUCGAGCAGGCCAGUUCCGAUGGCUGGAUCUCCUCCUCGCCGGCUAGCCACCGAUCCGAGAGUCCCGAGUAUGUGGAUCUCAAUACCAUGUACAAUGGAGGCUGCAACAACAUGGCCCAGAACCAGCAAUACGGAAUGAUUAUGGAGCAGUCUGUCGUUUCCACAGCGCCUGCAAUUCCAGUGGCUUCUCCUCCCGCAGUGGAGGUCAUGGGCUCCUCCAACGUGGGUACUUGCAAAACGAUUCCAUCUCCAGCAGCCCCGAAACCGAAGCGCAGCUAUACCAAGAAGAGCCAGUCCAGCAUCACUGCCACCUCCACACCGACAGCAGCGGCGGAGUCAUCUGCCUCAGUGAAUCUCUACACGGAGGAGUUCCAGAACUUUGACUUUGACAACUCCGCCUUGUUCGAUGACAGCGUCGAGGAUGACGAGGACCUCAUGCUCUUCAGUGGCGGUGAGGAUUUCGAUGGCAAUGAUGGAUCCUUUGACUUGGCCGAUGGUGAGAACCAAAAUGCAGCCGGAGGAUCUGGAAAGAAGAGGCGUGGCAAGCAGAUCACGCCCGUGGUGAAGAGGAAGCGUCGCCUGGCCGCCAAUGCCCGUGAGCGUCGUCGGAUGCAGAACCUCAACCAGGCCUUCGAUCGUCUCCGCCAGUACCUUCCCUGCCUGGGAAACGAUCGCCAGCUGUCCAAGCACGAGACCCUCCAAAUGGCCCAGACCUACAUAUCCGCUCUCGGGGAUCUGCUGCGCUGAAUUCCCGGAUCCCGGUCCCAGUCCCAAGUACUAUUCUCAGUUAUUGUUGGAGCUUGCCAAAUGUUGUAGCUACUUUGUAUAUAUUGCCUGGAGCCCAGUAGUGAAUUACCGCUUAAGUAUUAUGCUGUUUAUUGUUUAGUUAAUUAGCCUAAAUGGAAGACAAUGAUUAAGACUAAGGAAGACAAAAUAAAAGCACUAUAAUUUAAAACAUA